AUGAUCGAGGGCGCCAGAGCUCAGACGGUCGCAGUAGCCGUCGACAAGAAUAAGAAUAGCCAAAUCGCUCUCAAGUGGGCCUUGGAUAAUGUCGUCUCUAAGGGGCAGGUCAUCUUCCUGGUCCACGUUAAAACCAAACAUUCAUCGACUAGCUUUAAUCAAGAAGAUGCCGUGCCUUCGGCCAGAGACGUUCUUGUUCCUUACCGAUGUUUCUGCAGACGAAAGAAUAUUAGUUGCAAGGAUAUCAUAUUAGAGGAUACUGACGUUGCAAGGGCAAUUCUGGACUUUGUCGUGAGUGCAGCAGUUGAGAUUCUAAUUUUAGGAGCAUCGAAAGGUGGAUUUAUCAGAUCAUUUAGAAGCGUAGACACAAGUACCAUGAUUCACAAACACGUGCCUGAUUUCUGCACUGUGUACGUGAUCUCCAAAGGGAGGAUUUCUUACACGAGAAAAGCCAUCAGACCUGCACCAAGACAAGCAAAUUCUCUUCUCGAUCUCGAAGACCACCACCAUGCUGAUUCUGAAACGUGGAAACCGUCCGCAGAGCAAGAAUCAAACAGAGGAAUGCGCCACCAGACGAUGAGAUACAGUAGCAAUUCGAGCAACUCAGCGUCGAACAGCUCCAGAGCGAGCAUCGAUCGACUCUUCACGCAACAAGCAUCAGAUCUUGAUUCCAAGUUCUUGGAUUCUGAACCAUUAGAUGGCGAGGAAAUCCCACCUAAUAUACCGUAUUUUGGAAUUUUUCAGGAAGAAAUUAAAGCAGAGAUGCAGAGGCUCAGAUUACAGUUAAAGCAGACGAUGAAGCAAAGAUACUGCAUGACCAACGAAGCACUCGCUGCGAAUAAGAAGGCAAUGCAGAUUCGUCAAUGGAAGUUGGAGGCACAAACAAGAACAGAAGACGGUUCUGUGAUUCAUGCAAUCAAAGAGCAAGCAAAGCACAUGGCCGCACUCGAGUCAGCUGCGGCAGCCAACCGCAUCGCGGAACGGGAAUCCAGAAGAAGAAUCGGCGAAGAGAAGAAAGCACUCGAAGAGUCUAACGCGGCCUCAUGCACUCUCGCAAACAGUAGUUAUCUGCGUUGUAGAAUUUACAGCAUUGAAGAGAUCGAGAUAGCUACGGACUACUUCGCGGAGAGGCGAAAAAUCGGAGAAGGUGGGUACGGUCCCGUCUACCGAUGCCAUCUCGAUCACACCCCGGUGGCCGUCAAGGUGCUGCGGCCGGACGCUGCCCAGGGGCAGGCACAGUUUAAGCAGGAGGUGGAAAUACUGAGCUGCAUUCGGCAUCCCUGCAUGGUGCUCCUCCUCGGUGCCUGUCCGGAGUACGGUUGCCUCGUGUACGAGUACAUGGCGAACGGGAGCCUGGAGGACCGACUGUUCCGAAGAGGGAACACGCCGGCCAUUCCCUGGCAGCAUCGAUUCCGAAUUGCAGCGGAGAUUGGCACCGGACUGCUCUUCCUGCACCAGAACAAGCCGGAGCCGCUGGUGCACAGAGACCUUAAGCCCGCAAACAUACUUCUCGAUCAAAACUACGUUAGCAAGAUCGGCGACGUCGGGCUAGCUCGCUUGGUUCCACCUUCAGUAGCAGACAAUGUCACCCAAUAUCACAUGACAUCGGCGGCAGGAACAUUCUGUUACAUCGACCCGGAGUACCAACAGACCGGCAUGCUGGGGAUCAAGUCAGACGUGUACUCAUUCGGCGUGCUGCUGCUGCAGCUGCUCACCGCGAGGUCUCCCAUGGGCCUGACCCACCAGGUCGAGCUUUCGAUCGAAAAUGACUCGUUCGCAGAGAUGCUGGAUCCUGCAGUUCAAGAUUGGCCAGUGGAGGAAGCUCUGUGCCUUGCGAAGCUAUCACUCAAAUGCGCAGAGCUAAGAAGGAAGGACAGACCUGAUCUCAAAACUGUGGUGAUGCCUGAACUCAACAGGUUGAAGGUGAUGGGGGAGGAAAACAUGGAGCAACUCAUGAGAUCGAAUCGUGGCUGCAGCACAAUCAUGCCAAGACAUGAAGAGUGGCAGAUUGUGUCUGAAGCCAAGUCCCAAUCUAUUGGAAUAGGCACAGUUUCUUAUUGA